AUGUCUAACAAUCCUAUCUCCACAAACAUUGGCGAGACCACCACCGGGACUGAUGUUGUUCCCCUAAUUGUUGACGGCAACGAAAUCUUCCCCCCUGACACCUUUGAUGUAGUCAACCCAAGUACAGGAUUCGUUACACAUAAAGGCUCCGACGCACAGAUCUCCCAUGCAAAGGCGGCUCUGUCUGCCGCAGAAAGGGCUUUUGGAACAUGGAGUCAGACGACACCUUCACAUCGUCGAGAUAUUUUCCUCGCUGCCGCCAGUAUUGUCGAGAAGCGAUCAUCUGAGUUGGUGGGCUACAUGAUUUGUGAAACAGGCAGCGACGAGGGCUGGGCUCGUUUCAACAUUCAGUUAGCUAAGGAGUGCCUCGUUGACUGUGCAGGUAGAAUCGCUUCUAUUGAAGGCAGGAUACCUCAUUCGAGUGACCCAACGACUGGUGCUCUUGUCAUCAAGGAGCCCUACGGAGUCAUCCUCGCUAUGGCCCCCUGGAACGCCCCUUAUGCAUUAGGCUUCAGGGCCGUUGUGUGGGCAAUUGCUGCGGGCAACACUGUCGUCUUCAAAGGCUCCGAACUGAGUCCUCGCUCACUUUGGGCUGUUGCUUCAGUCCUUCAAGAAGCAGGAUUACCCAACGGUGUAAUCAACUUCCUCACCUGCAGUCUUCAGAAUGCCCCAGACCUUGCCAAAACUCUGAUCAGUCACCCAGCCACUAAGAAGAUCAACUUCACCGGCAGCACAGCGGUGGGUCGUAUUAUCGCACAGCUAGCAGGAGCAAACCUUAAGCCCAUUCUCCUCGAGUUAGGCGGGAAAGCACCUGCAAUUGUAUGCGAAGACGCCGACCUCGACGUCGCGGCUAAGCAUUGUGCUUUGGGAGCUUUUAUGUUUGCAGGACAGAUCUGCAUGAGCACUGAGCGUAUCCUUGUUCAUCAAUCUAUUCGCCUGGAAUUUGAGGAUAAACUCAAGAGCUGGACAUCCAAGCUUUUCUCCCCGGAUAAUGACAGUCCUGUCCUUAUUAACGACCGAGCAGUGGUCAAGAGUCGUGGUUUAGUGAGUGGAGCCUUGGCCCAGGGCGCCUCACUUGUCUGUGGCGACAUAAACAUCACUGAGUCGACCAACACACGACUACGACCUAUUAUUAUCGGCAAUGUCAAGCCUGGCAUGGAAAUCUAUAUGACCGAGUCUUUUGGGCCAACAGUUUCUGUCAUCGAAUUCGAGAGAGAAGAGGAUGCUCUCGCGAUUGCAAACGAUACUGAAUAUGGCCUCUCAUCGGCCAUUUUCUCUCGAGACUUGCGAAGAGCUUUAAAGCUCGCCAAGGGGAUAGAGACAGGAGCUGUCCAUAUCAACCGAAUGACAGUCCAUGAUGAAUCAGCCUUGCCGCAUGGCGGUGCCAAGUCUAGCGGCUUUGGGAGGUUCAACGCAGGCAUGGAGGAAUGGGUCCGAACCAAGAACAUCACGUAUGAUUUAUAG